AGGGGAGGGGAGGGGAGGGGAGAGAAGCUCAACGGUGGCGGAGGGUUUAAACUGGAAAAAGGAAAGGGGGGAGAAUUGAGAGUUUGUUUGUUUACUUGGAGAGAGAGAGGGAGAGAGUUGAGGGCUUCUAGUUUUGGGGCGGGGGUUUUGGUGGGGGCGAAGAGGGCAGAAUCGCGUUUGAUAGAUCGUGCGUGGAAUCUUUGAAUCACACAAGUUGGUUCUGUGGGCUAAACUAUUCGCGUGCUUCGUACGGUCUAUCCCACGCUAAUCUGCAAACUCCACCCCUGUAUCUCUAAAGAUAGAUAUUAACUUACCUUCCACAGAAAGUGUUCAGUCCGGCUGUACUGCAGUUUGUUUCAGCAAACAUCGCUCGCUCGCUCGCCCACCCACGGUACCGCGACCUCCACUGCCACCGCCGCCGACUCAAUCCAGUGCCUUUCUUUUCGCAGCCCUCCUGUUCUCUUAACUUAAUAAACUACUCGUCUGCCUGUCAGUUAUUUAUUUUUUUCAAUGCUGCAAUAUUUAAUCUGUAUAAUUGUGAUUUGGCGUCUAUUGUUCUUGUUUCUGUUGUUGAAUUAGUGUGUUAUCAUAGUAAAUUAAUAAAGAGUAGUAAGUAAUGGACGAUGAGGCUAGGGUUUCAGGAAGUCUUAAUCCUCCGGAGAAGGAGAAGGAGAAGGAAGAUGUACGGGGGCCCUCUUACUGGCUGGAUGCUUGUGAGGAUAUCCCCUGCCAUUUUAUUGACGAUUUUGUUGAUUUGGAUGCUGCUGCCAUUUCGGAGGCUGCCGAUGGUAUUUCCAAUCCGGAGGCUGGGCCAGAUCCUUGUUUCUUUGGAGGAAUCGAUCAGAUUCUUGACAGCAUCAAGAAUGGUGAUGGUCUACCUCUGGCCCUCAACGGCAACGGUGACAAUGACAGUGCAGUAAUCCGCCAUUGCGUUCCCGUUGGACCGGCCAUUGUAGGGAAUGGGGACAAGCAGGCCGUGCUUUGCAAGAUGGAAGUCCUUGAGGACUCAAUUGGGGCAUGUCAAAAUACCAAUUACUCUAAUGGCUUACUGAGCAAAUUUGAUGAUGCUAACAAGAAUGACAAUGGAGGGCCUAGUGACAGCGAUGCUGCCACUGAGACUUGCAAGCAUCGUGUAACCAAUAGCAAUGGCAAGAAAUCAUCGAACCAUUCUCCUGAAAGAAAUGGAGUCCGCAGGCUUGAAACUCGGGGCACUGAUCUUUAUAGGGACCGGGACGAUGAAGUUAGUGAAGGAAGGUACAACAAAAGACCUCGCGUUAAUGACUACAAUUACAAGACUGAAAGGUGCUUUCAGAACAGAGGGCAAUACCGCCCUAAGGAGAGGGAGAGACCUUCAGGUAGGAAGAGGCCUCGCGAUUGGGAGGAUAUUGACAGGAGGGAGAGAGAUCAGAUCAGGAGAAGAGAACGCUGUGGCAGUGGUAAGAGGGACUGUAGAGAUAGGGAUUGGAGGGAAAGCAAGGGUUUUUGGGAGAGAGAGCGCCCUGGUUCAAAUGAGAUGGUUUUCCACUUGGGUACUUGGGAAUCUGAAAGAAACAGAGAGGGGAAGGCACCCUCUGAGAGAAACCAGGAUUGCAUUGUGAAGGUGGAGAAGAAACCUGAAGAGGCUAAGGAGAAACAUCCCGAGGAACAGGCACGUCAAUACCAGUUGGAUGUUCUCGAACAGGCUAAGCAGAAAAAUACAAUAGCUUUUCUUGAAACAGGGGCAGGGAAGACCCUCAUUGCUGUCCUCCUCAUAAAAAGUGUUUGCAGUGACUUGCAAAUGCAAAACAGGAGAAUGCUGGCUGUUUUUUUGGUUCCUAAAGUUCCUCUUGUUUAUCAGCAAGCAGAAGUUAUUCGUGAGCAAACUGGUUAUCAAGUAGGCCAUUACUGUGGUGAAAUGGGCCAAGAUUUCUGGGAUGCUCGGAGGUGGCAGCGUGAGUUUGAAACAAAGCAGGUUUUAGUGAUGACAGCUCAAAUACUUUUGAACAUUCUGAGACACAGCAUAAUAAAGAUGGAAGCUAUCAAUCUACUUAUUCUGGAUGAAUGCCAUCAUGCUGUGAAGAAACACCCAUAUUCUCUAGUGAUGUCUGAGUUCUAUCACACAACACCUAAGGAGAAUAGGCCAUCAGUUUUUGGAAUGACUGCUUCUCCUGUUAACUUAAAGGGUGUUUCCAGUCAGGUGGAUUGUGCAAUAAAAAUUCGUAACCUUGAAACUAAACUAGAUUCUGUAGUUUGUACAAUAAAAGAUCGUAAGGAGCUGGAGAAGCAUGUACCAAUGCCCUCAGAAAUUGUGGUGGAGUAUGACAAAGCGGCUAGCUUAUGGUCCCUACAUGAACAAAUAAAACAAAUAGAGUUGGCAGUUGAAGAAGCUGCUCAAUCAAGUUCUAGGAGAAGUAAAUGGCAAUUUAUGGGAGCAAGGGAUGCUGGAGCCAAGGAAGAGCUUCGGCAAGUUUAUGGGGUCUCUGAAAGGACAGAAAGUGAUGGUGCUGCUAAUCUAAUUCAAAAGUUGAGGGCUAUUAACUAUGCACUUGGUGAACUAGGACAAUGGUGUGCUUACAAGGUUGCUCAAUCUUUUUUGACAGCUUUACAAAAUGAUGAGAGGGCAAACUACCAGCUUGAUGUCAAGUUUCAAGAAUCAUACUUAAGUGAAGUUGUCACUCUCUUGCAAUGCCAAUUGUCAGAAGGAGCCGUUUCAGAGAACAACUCAAAAAAUGCUACUGCAGAUAAUGAUGCUACUCAAGGUGCGAGUGACCUUGACGAAAUAGAAGAGGGGGAGCUUCCUGGCAGUCAUGUUGUCUCUGGUGGAGAGCAUGUGGAUGUAAUUAUAGGAGCUGCUGUAGCUGAUGGAAAAGUUACGCCAAAGGUGCAGUCCUUGAUUAAAAUACUUCUUAAAUAUCAGCAUACAGAGGAUUUCCGUGCAAUCAUCUUUGUUGAGCGAGUUGUGGCUGCCUUAGUUCUUCCAAAGGUUUUUGCCGAGCUUCCAUCCUUGAGUUUUGUGAAGUCUGCAAGUUUGAUUGGACACAACAAUAGUCAAGAAAUGCGGACAAGCCAAAUGCAAGACACAAUUGGCAAAUUCCGAGAUGGUCGUGUGACUUUGCUGGUAGCAACUAGUGUUGCUGAGGAAGGUCUUGAUAUACGACAAUGUAAUGUUGUUAUCCGCUUUGACCUUGCAAAAACUGUUCUAGCAUACAUUCAAUCUAGGGGUAGAGCUAGAAAGCCUGGGUCAGAUUACAUUUUGAUGGUUGAGAGGGGAAAUUUGUCACAUGAAGCAUUUUUGAGGAAUGCUAGAAAUAGUGAAGAGACUUUGCGGAAGGAAGCAGUAGAAAGAACUGACCUCAGCCAUCUGAAGGGUACCUCAAGGUUAAUUUCAGUGGAUACAACACCGGGUACAGUGUACCAGGUGGAGUCAACUGGUGCUGUUGUGAGCUUAAAUUCUGCUGUGGGACUCAUCCAUUUCUAUUGCUCUCAGCUACCCAGUGACAGAUAUUCAAUUCUUCGUCCUGAGUUUAUCAUGGAGCGCCAUGAGAUGCCAGGAGGCUCCAUUGAAUAUUCAUGCAGACUUCAGCUCCCCUGUAAUGCACCCUUCGAAAAACUCGAGGGUCCUGUUUGCAGUUCAAUGCGCCUUGCACAACAGGCUGUUUGUUUGGCUGCUUGCCAGAAGCUUCAUGAGAUGGGGGCAUUUACUGACAUGCUCUUGCCAGACAAGGGAAGUGGGGAAGAAGGAGAAAAAGUUGACCAAAAUGAUGAAGGAGAUCCACUCCCUGGGACUGCUAGGCACAGGGAGUUCUAUCCUGAAGGUGUAGCUAAUAUUCUCCAGGGAGAAUGGAUUUUAUCUGGGAGGGAUGCUUGCUACAAUUCCAAGUUGUUUCAUCUUUACAUGUAUGAUAUUGAAUGUGUAGAUAUUGGCUCCUCAAAAGAUCCAUUCUUAACUCAAGUUUUAGAGUUCGCUGUAGUCUUUGGCAAUGAGCUGGAUGCAGAGGUGUUAUCGAUGUCGAUGGAUCUCUUUAUCGCUCGAACCAUGAUAACAAAGGCAUCUCUUGUCUUCCGGGGGUCAAUAGAUAUUACUGAAAGUCAGUUGGCAUCCCUUAAGAGCUUUCAUGUAAGACUAAUGAGUAUUGUACUGGACGUGGAUGUUGAACCAUCCACUACUCCUUGGGAUCCUUCAAAAGCAUAUUUGUUUGUCCCUGUGGUUGGCGAUAAUUCUGUAGAUCCUCUAAAAGAAAUUGACUGGGAUCUGGUUGAAAAAAUAAGUAAGACGGAUGCGUGGAACAAUCCCCUUCAGAGAGCUCGGCCCGAUGUUUACCUUGGCACCAAUGAGCGAACACUAGGUGGAGACCGAAGGGAGUAUGGAUUUGGAAAAUUGCGUCAUGGCAUGGCCUUUGGGCAGAAAUCUCAUCCUACCUAUGGCAUUAGAGGAGCUGUAGCACAAUUUGACAUUGUGAAAGCAUCUGGAUUGGUUCCCAAUCGGAAUGCUAUUGAAAUUGGAAAUCAUUUGGAUUUGACUAAACGCAAACUGAUGAUGGCAGAUUCUUUUAUAGGUGUGGAAGAUCUGGUGGGGAGAAUUGUAACCGCUGCUCACUCUGGAAAGAGGUUUUAUGUGGACUCUGUACGCUAUGAUAUGACUGCAGAGAACUCAUUCCCGAGGAAAGAGGGCUACCUUGGUCCAUUGGAGUACAGCUCUUAUGCUGAUUACUACAGGCAAAAGUAUGGAGUCGAGUUGAUCUAUAAGCAACAGCCUCUUAUAAGAGGGCGUGGUGUUUCAUAUUGCAAGAAUCUCCUUUCUCCUCGAUUUGAACAUUCAGAAGCUAAUGAAGGUGAAUCUGAAGAGGCACUUGAUAAAACAUAUUAUGUUUUCCUUCCUCCUGAGCUGUGUUUUGUACAUCCACUCCCGGGAUCACUUGUUCGAGGUGCCCAGAGAUUGCCCUCAAUAAUGAGGAGGGUUGAAAGCAUGCUUCUUGCCAUUCAGCUUAAGGAUAUAAUUAAUUAUCCUGUCCCUGCUUCAAAGAUCUUGGAAGCCUUGACUGCUGCUUCAUGCCAGGAGACUUUCUGCUAUGAAAGAGCAGAGCUUCUGGGAGAUGCUUACCUGAAAUGGGUUGUGAGUAGAUUUCUUUUUCUUAAAUACCCUCAGAAACACGAGGGUCAGCUUACUAGAAUGAGACAACAAAUGGUGAGUAACAUGGUCUUAUAUCAGUACGCAUUGAAUAAGGGACUUCAAUCAUAUAUCCAAGCAGAUCGAUUUGCUCCAUCCAGAUGGGCUGCUCCCGGGGUGCUGCCUGUCUUUGAUGAGGACAUCAAAGAGACAGGGUCAUCCUUAUUUGACAAUGAAAGAGCCCUUGGUGUGACUGUACCAGGAGAAGCUCAAGGUGCUGAUGGGUAUGAAGAUGAUGAAAUGGAAGAUGGUGAGCUCGAGAGUGAUUCGAGUUCUUAUCGAGUCCUCUCUAGCAAGACACUAGCAGAUGUUGUUGAAGCACUUAUCGGAAUAUAUUACGUUGAAGGUGGGAAGAAAGCUGCAAACAAUCUCAUGAAAUGGAUUGGGAUUCAGAUAGAUUUUGGUCCUAAAGAGUUAGAGUGCACAACCAGGCCUAGCAAUGUUCCAGAAAGCAUACUUAGGAGCAUCAAUUUUGAUGCUUUAGAAGGUGCCUUAAACAUCAAGUUUGAAGAUAGGGGCUUGCUGGUUGAAGCUAUUACUCAUGCUUCACGCCCAUCAUCUGGAGUGUCAUGUUACCAGAGGCUGGAGUUUGUUGGUGACGCAGUCUUGGAUCACCUUAUUACAAAGCAUUUGUUUUUUACAUACACAGAUUUGCCUCCUGGCCGCUUGACUGACUUGCGAGCUGCUGCUGUAAACAAUGAAAACUUUGCACGGGUUGCUGUUAAACAUAAGCUUCACUUGCACCUUCGACAUGGGUCAAGUGCCCUUGAAAAACAGAUUCGAGAUUUUGUGAAGGAAGUUCAGGAUGAAUUGUCAAAACCAGGGUUUAACUCGUUUGGUUUGGGGGAUUGCAAAGCUCCAAAGGUUCUUGGUGACAUUGUUGAGUCUAUUGCUGGUGCCAUCUUUCUGGACAGUGGACGUGAUACUGCUGUUGUUUGGAGGGUCUUCCAACCUUUGCUGCAUCCAAUGGUUACUCCAGAAACAUUACCAAUGCAUCCAGUGCGGGAACUGCAAGAACGGUGCCAGCAACAGGCCGAAGGACUGGAGUACAAAGCCACUCGAAGUGGAAAUUUGGCUACUGUUGAAGUUUUCAUCGAUGGGGUCCAGGUUGGGAUUGCUCAGAAUCCACAAAAGAAAAUGGCUCAGAAGUUAGCUGCCAGGAAUCAAAGGGCCCUUGUUGCUUUGAAAGAAAGGGAAACAGCAGAAGCCAAGGAGAAGGCUAGUGAAGAUGGGAAGAGGAAGAAUGGCAGCCAGACAUUUACUAGACAGACAUUGAAUGACAUAUGCUUGCGUAGAAAUUGGCCAAUGCCCCUGUAUCGGUGUGUAAGUGAGGGUGGCCCUGCCCAUGCGAAAAGGUUUACAUUUGCUGUACGAGUGAAUACUACUGAUAGGGGAUGGACAGAUGAAUGUAUUGGAGAGCCUAUGCCAAGCGUUAAGAAAGCCAAGGAUUCUGCAGCAGUUCUUCUCUUAGAACUUCUAAAUAAAUUGUACCCAUGAUGAUCAUAGCAAUCCAAUGGGGCUAGCUUUAUGGGUGCUGUGCCCUGGGGUUAGCUAUUCAUGCAACUUAAUUUUCAUCUGUUGGAAAGCCUUUGUGAAAUGUCAACAAAUCCAAGGACUCUGGCACUUGGAGAUAACAGAGAAAAAAUUGGCAGUGGCACUGGCAGCAGCUCUGUUGGUGGUGUUGUAUAUUAUUCCUCAUCAAGGGUUAUUAUCCUAUGCUAGGCAGCAUGUUUGUCACGUUGUCACGUAACUUUAAAGUUCCUUCUGCUAUUGUAUGAUUUGAGCUAAGCCUAUGCCUGUCAAUUGGCAAGCUUCAGUAAUAUAAGCAGCUGUGUUGCAUACAAAAGUUCUAUGUAGCUAACUCAAGUGAAUUGGAUGAAAUAUUGAUGCAUUGAUGUUCCAUUGUCUCAGCUUGUUUGUUGCUGACUUAUUUUGAUUAUUUCAAAUGGAAUCAUCGAUAUAGGGAUGGUUUGCUGCA